AUGAAGUUUCUCGUGAUUUUAUUGACUGUUUUGAUUGUCAUAGCUGGAAUCUCUGCUCAAGGAUGUCGUGAUCGAAAUAAUAACGUCAAUGACAAUGACAAUCCCAAUCGAGAUAAUCCUGGCCAGCUUGAUAUUAGAAAUGCAGGCGAUAAUCAAGGCAGCAGUAGAGGCAAAAGUCGAAGUAGAAGCAGAAGCAAUAGGAGAAGUAGAGGCAAUGGCAAUGGUAGAAGUGGAAGCAAUAGUGGAAGUAGAGGCGUAGGCAGUAGAGGCGUAGGCAGUAGAGGUGUAGGCAAUAGUGGGAGUCAACAGAAAAAGAGAUUUGGUAGUGUAAACUAACAUUUCACGAGAUGUUGAUAAGAAAACUCCAGUAAGACUUUAUUGAUGAAUAAAGCGAAUAAAAAUUGAAAAAUUAUUUCGCAAUGAAU